UUUUGGUUCUUGAGCGACUUCGUGUUGACCGGCAGUGGUGCGUGAAUGCGAAAGUUAAACCUGUUUAGUUCCAUUUUCCAGUCGUUUAGUGUAGUUUCUCGCAGUUUAAGCUAUUCGCUUGCCACAAUGGAUAAAACGUUCAAGUUAAAUACCGGAUACAACAUUCCAAUAAUUGGUUGUUGAGUGGCACCCGUAUUACUAUCAACCGGAACUGCUCGAAUUUUGCCGCAAGGAGGGCAUCUUUCUGCAGGCCUACUCAUCGCUCGGAUCGUCCAACACCAGCGAGCUGCGCACCGACAAGACGGUACAGGCAGUGGCCACUCGGCUUCAGAAAACGCCCGCCCAAGUGUUGCUUCGCUGGGCGUUUCAGCAGGACAUCGGUAUUCUACCGAAAGCUCGCUCGCAGGAACAUAUUGAGGAGAAUGUGGCACUGGAUUUUGAGAUUCCGGCAAACGAUAUGAAGGAGUUGAAUGAGUUGCAAGCGAUCGUGGGUCGUAAGUUUGCCUGGAAUCCGGAAACGGUCGUAUAGAGAGGGGAUCGUUUGUGGGGGUUUGGGGUAUAGUUAGCUUUACUCAUCCACGGUGGGUGUGUUUGAUGGUGCCUUUAUUUGCUAGUAAGCAGUAAGAAGGAACAGUUACACUUUUUAUAGUUUUUUGAUAAGUUUUAAGCUCGAUUCACCUUGCCUUUCGAUAGCAAUUAAACAUAAAUUGUGGUGGUUGUCUUAUUCGCAAAAGAAAGUAAAUUGGUUAGGAGAUAAGCACAGUUCACAGUACGGUAACAUCUCAGAUGUUUUUUUUAACAAGCACGAUAAAUAUUAAAAAAUCAAAAUGGAAAUCAAUUUAGCCAAUCGUAUCGCUAGCGCUUGUCUGGCAAAGUUCGACAGUCUUCCGAAAACAGGCAAACCAAACGAAUCGUUCGAAUGGACAAUCUUGUCGGCGAUUGUGCUUUUAAAGACGGCUCAGACAAAAGACUCGGCCGAUAUUCGUGUGGUCGCCCUUGGCACUGGAACAAAGUGUUUGGCCGGCAACGAACUUAGUGCCAGCGGAGACCGAGUACACGACAGCCAUGCGGAAGUGUUAGCACGGCGUGCAUUUUUGCGCUAUUUGCUCGAACAGGCCGAAAACGCCGCAAGCAAUCCACAAGAAAGCAUAUUCGAACAGCAAACAUCGGAAAGUGGUGGUAAGCUUUGCUUAAAGAAUGGCCAUUCGUUUCAUUUCUUCACUACCCACAGUCCGUGUGGUGAUGCGAGCAUAUUCGAGCCCGAUGAGCGGGAUGAAGUAUCGUCCCCGAAAAGGCCACGAAUUGAACCAUCGGACGAAGAAACGAAUGUCGGGUGUUGCGUCUGGUCGGUUGAGCAAGAUAAACGACCGGUGGGAAUGACGGGUGGUAAGCUACUGCAACCGGACCCGGCGCACGGUGACCUAAUGCUGCAAACGGUUGGACCGGUACGUACGAAACCGGGCCGGGGCGUUCGAACGCUUUCCGUUUCCUGUAGCGAUAAGUUGGCCCGCUGGAACGUGCUCGGUGUGCAGGGUAGCUUGCUGAUGUUGCUGCUGGACCGACCGAUCUAUCUUGAAAGUGUGGUGCUGUGUGACGGUACGGACCACUCGCCGGCGGCAAUAGGACGCGCGAUUUGGGGUCGUUUCGAUGGAUGGGCGGGUGGGGUGGAGCAAAGUUCGCUAAUGCAUCCGUUUGGUCGACGCCAGCCGGUGAUUAUUGCGGCAAACAAUGGACGGUUGUUUCGGUUUCGGAAAAAUCGACAGCUUGCUACGGACGGUGGGAAAUAUCAACCGGCGCCGUGCGGAAUCGUUUGGUGUGAUGUCGCAAACAGAUCCCACGAGGUGGAAGUAGCUGGUCGGCGGCAUGGUGUGACGAAGCGGAAACUUGUCACACCGGCAGCUCGUUUGCAGAUUUCAAAAAUCGAAUUAUUUAACCGUUUCGCACGGUUGUACUGCGGCAUCGUAUCAGCCAACCCGAAUGCUAGGAACGCUUUGCAUAAUUUAGUGCCGGGCCGGGAGUCUGGCGAAAUGGAGCCUGGUGCAACCGGCCAAGCGGAAGAUACCGUGCCGAAGCCAACCGCCGAAGGUAUUCGGAAUAUUGCCAAACUUUCCUACGCGGAUGCGAAGCGUCAUUCGGUCCAGUAUGCUAAACAGUGGACGAUCGUGAGGGAAAGUAUGUUUGGGCAGUGGACGAAAAAGCCAGAUAGUUUGUGACAGUUUUACAUCGAUGUGGAUGUAGGGUUGUAGGUAAUGUGAAGGUUAUUUUUGUUAUUGAAUUUAGGAAUUCGAGUAAAGGAAGUAAGAUUGUGUUUACUAAAGGAAGAAGAAAUAUAUUUAAACUUUAAUCGAAA